GCCUGGAUUCCUUCAUGUUCUGUUCAUCUCCUUGAUCACCAGUCCGCCGCGAUAUAAUCUAUCCAAGAUGACAGACUACAAACUCUCCGCCUCGCUCUCCGGUCAUGAGGACGAUGUUCGUGCAGUAUGCUUCCCCACCUCGAAAGCUGUCAUCUCCUCUUCCCGAGACGGUACAGUGCGGUUAUGGAGCCUCCUCUCUGACAACCCACCUGUCUACGACGCCAAGAUCGCCUCAAAUGCUACUGGAUUUGUCAAUACUGUUACAUACCUCUCUCCGAGUCAACAGUUUUCUGAAGGCCUCGUUAUAUCAGGUGGACAAGAUACCGUGAUUGAAGUGCGAGAGCCGUCGAAGGCACCAGGAGACAAUGCAGAGGCCCUCCUUCUUGGCCAUAGUCGGAAUGUUUGCGCUUUGGAUGUUGACCCCGCCGGGAGAUUCAUUGUUAGUGGUGCAUGGGAUGGUGAGGCAAGAAUCUGGCCAGUUGGGAAAUGGGAGAGCCAAACAGUUCUCAAGGGUCAUGAAGGCAGCGUAUGGGCUGUUCUUGCCUUGGAUUCGGAAACAGUUGUUACAGCAUGUGCAGACCAACUGAUCCGGGUAUUCCAUACAUCUGGAAAGCUGAUUCGGAAAUUUCAAGGCAGCGAUGCGCCCGUCCGCGCUCUGUGCAGGAUACCGAAAGGCCAUCCAAGUGCCGCUGAUUUUGCAUCAGCAUGCAAUAGUGGGAUUAUUCGGUUAUGGACAGCUACUGGGACACAGGUGGGAGAGCUUCGUGGCCAUGACUCCUUCAUAUAUUCUCUGGCGGCUACACCUUCUGGCGAGCUCGUGAGCUCCGGCGAGGAUCGAACAUUACGAGUAUGGAGGGGGAACGAUUGCAUACAAACAAUUACACACCCCGCUAUUUCUGUUUGGGGAGUAGCUGUGUGUCCGGAGACAGGUGAUAUCGUUUCCGGGGCAAGCGAUAGAAUUGUCCGCAUAUUUACGAGGAGCCCGGAACGAGUGGCAGAUGCGGAGACUAUAAGCCAAUUCGAGGAAUCGGUGAAGGCAUCCUCGAUUCCCCAACAGCAGGUUGGUGAGGUGAACAAGGAAAAGUUACCGGGACCAGAGUUCCUGGUUCAGAAGCGAGGCACAAAAGAGGGCCAGGUACAGAUGAUUCGGGAGCAAGAUGGGUCUGUCACGGCACAUACUUGGUCUGCUGGAGCAGGUCAAUGGGUCAACGUUGGGACGGUCGUUGAUGCCGUUGGAAGCAGCGGAAGAAAGGUACCCCACAUGGGGAAGGAAUACGACUACGUAUUUGACGUGGAUAUCGAAGAUGGAAAACCCCCCCUGAAGCUGGCUUACAACCUCUCACAAAAUCCAUACGAGGCUGCAACAAAGUUUAUCGAGGACAAUAAGCUUCCUAUCAGCUACCUCGACCAGGUUGCAAAUUUCAUCACGACUAACACCCAAGGAGCUACUAUUGGUGAAUCCCAACAAUCACAAGGACCUUCUGAUCCCUGGGGAAGCGACAGCAGAUACCGGCCUGGAGAAACCUCGCCCGCAGCAUCUGUAUCACCACCCAAGAUCCUUCCACAGAAAGAAUAUCUGUCCAUUCUGGUUGCAAGGAUACCCCCUAUCCAAAAGAAGAUACAAGAGCUAAAUCAAGCACUAAUCGCCAACGGCCAGAAGGAACUGUCACUCAACCCAACGGAGCUCACGAUACUGGAAAGCUUGUGCAAGCACUUGGAAUCUGCAGGCGCUACAAAGACAUCGCAGUCGGUCUCAGGUGGGCUUGAGCUGGCUAUCAAGCUGGCGACUGUCUGGCCUUACAAGGAUCGACUCCCAGGCUUGGAUCUUCUACGUCUGCUUGCCGUUGCACCUAUGACUGCAUCUUUUAACCAUCGAGGAGGCAACAUUAUCGACGUCUUAGCAGCUGGCGCUAUGGAGGCUCAACCGCCUGCAGAGAAUCAUGUAAUGAUGGCAGUCCGUUCCUUUGCAAAUCUGUUCGAGUCUCUGGAGGGACGGGCUCUCGCAGUCUCGGAAUUCGACAAGAUACAAGAAAUCAUAUCCACCACGAUCAGCAGCAGCACGAACCGCAACCUCCUCGUGGCCGCAGCUACAGUGUACAUCAACUACGCCGUCUAUUUCGUCGCCGAGACCCACACCACCAAUUUCGAGCACGUGCUCGCCUUAGUCGACACCCUGGGCAAGAUCCUCAACACGCAGACGGAUUCCGAAGUCGUCUACCGCGCCUUGGUAGCCAUCGGGACUCUCCUCACGCUUGGCGACGAGGUGAGAAGCGCAGCGAAGGAUGUCUACGGCAUCGAGAAGAGCAUCUCUACAGCUGUAGGCAAGGCGACCGAUCCCCGGAUCCGCAACGUCGCGGCGGAAAUCCGGACGCUGCUGAAAUAGGAGAACGGGGGUCGUUUCAUGACGGACUGACGAUGAAUGAGCGAUAAGCUGCGGAAAC